AUGAAAGGCAUCCUCAUCGCUGGCGUCUUUGUGGCAUUUGCCAUCACAGUUAUAGACUCCCUGAGUUGUAGACAGUGUUACUCACCCAACGAGAGCUGCAGCAACGAAGCCACUCCAUGUAGCCAAGAGUCCUUCAGUUGUGUGGAAUCCUUGGUCAAUUCCACUCUAGGAGGGUCCCACUAUUUGUACCAGAACAGAUCCUGCUCAGCAAGUAAUUGCACCGAGGGCAGCACCCAAGUGGCCUUCACAGUGCAUGUGUUUGAUGACCAAAGAUUCCAUUUUGCAAGCCAGUGCUGCCAAGGAGAGGCAUGCAACGACACCAGCCACGAGACAGGAACACAGGCUCUCACCAACACCCAGUGCUCUGCUUGCUAUAGCUACAACACAACAACCUGCCAGGAGAAAACCCGGCAGUGUUUCCAAGGAGAACGAUGUGUUCACAUCACUGCUGAGUUUGUAAACGGCACUGAACGGAACGCGGUGGAGCUGAAAGGCUGUUCCGAUAUCAGCGAGUCUACUUGUGAAAACUUGGCUCUUGGGAACAAAACAGUGGGAGAAUUCUUUUUCCAGAGCGUCAAAUGCGAAAAUGCAACCAUAAUCCCAGUCACCACCAACACCCCUCCGGCCAGCACAGGCAUCAAAGCUUCCUUCACCUCCUCUGUCUUCGGCAGCCUCCUGCUUCUGAAGCUGCUGUUCUGA